GUUGAGUACACUAUUGCUUCACAUCACGUUAGGCUUGGGAAAACUUGUGUGUGUCUAAAAUCGUGUCCAAACAUGAGGAAACAAAACCUAACAGAGCUGCAGUAAGAGGAGGAGCAACACUGGAAAGAGGAGAGCUUCAACGUCACACUCCAGAAAUGAAAGUUAAGUUUGUCAGAGUGUCAGCCACGCUGCAGUCGAGACAAGUCUCUGUUUCUCUCUGAAAGAAAACUCAAACUGACUUCAUCAGGUCUUUCUCAACAACACAGCAGAGUCUCUGCCAAACACUGAUAUGGCUGCUGCAAGGUGUAUGACAUCUGAAGAUCAGUUUCUGUGCUCCAUCUGUCUGGAUGUGUUCACUGAUCCUGUCACCACAUCAUGUGGACACAACUUCUGCAAAAACUGCAUCACUGAACACUGGGAUACUAAACGCCAGUACCUGUGUCCGAUGUGCAAGGAGGGUUUUACCACAAGACCUAAUUUGAGAGUCAACACUUUCAUCUCUGAGAUGGUCGCUCAGUUUAGACAGUCAGCUGAACAGAAUACCAGCAGCAGUAAUUUAGAGCAACUAAUGGCCAAACCAGGAGAAGUUCCCUGUGAUGUCUGCACUGGAACCAAACUGAAGGCCCUGAAGUCCUGCCUGGUGUGUCUGGCCUCCUACUGUGAGACUCACCUGGAGCCUCAUCUGACCAUGUCAGGUCUGAAAAGACAUCAGCUGAUCGACUCUGUAGAGAACCUGGAAGGUAGGAUGUGUACGAAGCACGAUAAACCUCUGGAGCUGUUCUGUAAGACCGACCAGACAUGUGUCUGCAUGCUCUGCACUGUUUUAGACCACAAGACGCAUGAUGUUGUUCCUCUGAAAGAAGAAUAUGAAGAAAAGAAGGCAGAGCUGGAAGCUAAAAUUCAGCAGAUGAUCCAGAAGAGACAACUGUGGAUUCAGGAGAUCAAACACUCAGUCGACCUCAGUGAGGAAGAUGCAGACAGAGAGAUAGCAGAAGGUGUUCAGGUAUUCACUUUUCUAAUGGAGUCUGUUGAGAGAGGCCUGAAUGAGCUCAUCGACACGAUCAAAGAGAAGCAGAAAACAACAGAAAAACAGGCUAAAGCUUUCAUCAAAGAGCUGGAACAGGAAAUCUCUGAGCUGAUGAAGAGUAGCAUUGAGGUGGAGCAGCUCUCACGCUCUGAAGACCACUUUCAUCUUCUCCAGAGUGUCCACUCCCUAAACACCAACCAACCUCCACCCACCGAGGACUGGACAGAGGUCAGUGUCCAUCCAACGUCAUAUGAGGGGACUGUGGUGAGAGCUGUGGCUCAGCUGGAGGAGACACUCAGUAAAAAGAUGAAGAAGCUGGUUAAAGCUGAGCUGAAGAGGGUCCAGCAGUAUGCAGUGGAUGUGACUCUUGAUCCUGAUACAGCACAUCCUGAUCUCAACCUGUCUGAUGAUGGGAAACAAGUGAAUCAUGGUGAUGUGAAGAAGAAUCUCCCAGACAACCCAGAGAGAUUUUCUUAUUGUGCUUGUGUUUUAGGAGAGCAGAGUUUCUCUUCAGGCAGAUUUUACUUUGAGGUUCAAGUUAAAGGAAAGACUGAAUGGGAUUUAGGAGUGGCCAGAGAGUCGAUCAACAGGAAGGGAAACAUCACACUGAACCCUGAGGAUGGUUUCUGGAUAAUAUGGAUGACAAAUGAAAAUGAGUACGAAGCUCUUGAUGCCCCUCCAGUCCUUCUCUCUCUGAAGUCCCGGCCUCAGAAGGUGGGGGUGUUUGUGGAUUAUGAGGAGGGUCUGGUCUCCUUUUAUGACGUAGAUGCUGCAGCUUUUAUCUACUCCUUUACUGGCUGCUCCUUUACAGAGAAACUCUUCCCAUACUUCAGUCCCGACUGUAAUGAUGGUGGUAAAAACUCUGCACCUCUGAUCAUCUCUCCUGUCAGAGGUCGUUAGGGGGCUGAAGCUGAUCCCAGCUGACACUGGCUGAGAAGCGAGGUACACCUUGGACACCAGUGACUUAUAGGGGUAGCACAGGAAAAAGCCAGAGGCCCCGGAGAAAAACCACUGACAUUGGGAGAACACGCAAACUCCACACAGAAGGGCACAAGUUGGCCAGCGGCUUCGAACCCAGAACCCCCCUUGAUAUGAGGCGAUAGACCUAACUGCCGCCGCAACACCAAAUAUCCUGCUAUAACUGCUUCAAAUUUAGGGUUGGGUACCGAAAUCCGGCGCUAAUACGGCACCGGUGCCUAAAAGACCGGUAUCUAGCAGACCGAAUUGCAACGCGGAUUUUGGUGCCUCAUUUCGGUGCCAAUUAAAUCUGCUCUACGAUGCUCCGAAACAGACGUUAGAGGCAACAAGAGCAUCGCUGCACGUGACGCUAGUUAACACUUCAGGUAACGUUAGCCUACCAUUAGCUAGCAGCUGGAUUAAACACGGUUAAAAUGCUGACAGCUAAACGGUGUAAAGGGUGAUUGUAUUUCACUGUGUAGGAUUCCAACAGCGGGAGGUUAAGCAGUGUGCAGCUGCCGUAGUGCCAUUGUCUGAACAACAACACAGACGUGGUGCGUUCACUUGAAACUAGUAAGCCUUGCGGUGCAUUCAAAGUUAUUGUAAAAUACCCUAUUACCCUA